UUCGAAUAAAAAAAAAAUAUUUAUUUGAAGAAGAUUUUUAAUUUAAAUAAAAAAAAACUAUUAAAAUAACAAAUAAAUAAAUUAAAUAAAUAAAAAUAAAGUUAAAAAUAGUCUAAAUUUAAGUUUCAUAUGCAGCACCAUGAAUCUCGAUACUGCAUGUAAUUGUUGUCCUCCCGCUAGCUGUGAUGCUUGUGCUCCCCAAUGCUCUUCUGCAGAUCCUUAUGUAAUGAUCAGAGCUGAAAGACCACUUAAAUCCAAUUUUGUUUGCAGUACAAAGAAUUGCAAUGUUUUUGGCGGUCAUGAUGCAAAUCCAAUGCCAGAAUAUCAGUGUUGUAAAAAAACUAAUAAAAUUAAAGAUGAGGAUAAAAACUCUUUGGGUUCUCCUAUUGGUCUAGUUGCUUCCAAUGUGAAUUUCAAAACCGAGGGCAAAACCAGCGAUAUUAUACAGGCUCGAUAUGCAACUUACCUCAAGGCCUUUGCUCGCCUUCAUCUCAAUGCAGAAACAUCAUGGAACUCACUCGUUAUCGAUGAUAUUAUGAAAGAAGGCCUUAUAUUGUAUUCAUACUCGCAAAAAGGAGAAAACAAUAUGGAAUCACCACCCGAUAUUUAUACGCCCAAUGAAGUAAAUGUUUUACGUGAAUUUGAGUUGUCCGAUUUUGGUUUUCAUGUAGAAUUAAUGCAGCCUUUCAAACUCAAUACUUCUGCCUCUUUGGAAACUGGAGCUAAGGGUGAUGGUGUUGACUUGACUUUGGAAGAUUUAAUGGCGACUUUGAAAAGUUUUUUUCGCCAACACAAAUAUGGUCUCUUAACAGUGGGCUCAUUUUAUGCCAUGAUUUGGCGCUCAACAGAUGCCUACUUUAUAUUCGAUGUUUGUGGUCGCCGGGUGGCCGAUUUUCAGACAGACAAAGAUAAGGGUGUGGCCAUGCUAAUUUGCCUCAGUAGUUUGGAAAAUUUAAGGCAUUUGUUAGUGAAUCUUAGUGGCCUGCAAGUAUCAGAUCCAGUUACAAUUAGAGAAAUAAAGGUGGUAAAGGUUAUUACACCCAGUGGCGCUAUAAUGCAAAAGGAUUAUGGUAAGCGGACUCAUCAAUAUCAAGUGAUUAAUGAUGAUUACGCCUAUCUGCGAUCCGCACUGCAUUUAACACUUAACAGAAGAGAUCUGGUAAGAAAUCGCAGUGCUUUGCCCGUGGCACUGGCAGCUAUUGUAGUUUCAAAAAUAGAUCAUCCAGCUACCUGGAACAUGCAAAUGCUCGAUAAGAUUAUAUGUUUUGGCGUAAACUUUUGUCAAACAUGUUGGGCAAAUUGCAGAGCCAGGGACAUUAUAGAUGUAACAGAAUUCCCUACAUAUUUCACGAUGGGACAGUUUCAAAUCACCAACGAAAUAAUGGCUCACAAAUAUGAGGGGACCUGGCGUUGUGUGCCCGGCUUUAAACAUAGCGUAUUGGCUCAUGCUAUUAAAAAGGCCUUUCAGGCGGGUGAACAAAAACUGCUAGUGCAAAUUAAUUAUCAAAUAUAUGCCAUUUGGAAAAAACAUGAUUUCAUAUAUCUGCUCGAUCCUUAUCGCCAUCGGAUUCUGGGCAAACCAUCUGAGUCCGAGGUUUAUGAGCAAAUGGAGAAAAGUGCCACGGUGAGGAUGUUUGGUUCUUUUGAGGUCUUUAUGAAUGUCUUCAAUCAUAUAUUGCUCGAUUCCAAUCGAACCAGCCAAUUUUUCAUUCACAUUGUAAAAGUCAAGAAUAUACAGACACGACAAACUGUUAAGGAUUCUAGCGCACAGCCAGUCGAGGAUACUAAGCUGGAUAGUAAUGGUGAAAUUAUAUCAAUAAAUGAACAUAUUUGCUUUGAGGAAGGUGAAGAUUUGUGCCGCAAAGCCCUGGGUGAAAUUAGUGAUUAUGAAGAUGAGGAUCUUAAAUCGGAUGUGGUGGAAAUAGAACUCAGAACUUCAUCCAGCGAAGCUGAAGUAAUGGAGGAAGAAGAAGCUGGAGCGGGAGAAUUGGAAGAAAUGGAAGGUUUAGAAACUUCUUCUAGUGGCGAGGAAGGAAGUGGCCACAAAAAGAAAACACAAAGUGGCAAAGGUAAGGGAAACAAAGGCAAGAGUAAAGGUAAGGGCUCAAAGCAUAAAGGCGGCUCUGGUAAAGGCAAAAAAGGUCAAGGAGCUAAAGACACCGAAGAAGGAGGCGGUAAAAAGCGAAAGAAAAACAACGAGGAUAGUGGUGAAAGUUCCGAGGAAGAAGCCAGUAAAAGCAAAAAGAGUAGGAAAGUUAAAACAAAGGAAGGGAAUGAGAAAACUAAUAAAAAGGAUAGAAACCAGAAAAAUAAAGGCGGAGAUCAACAGGAAACAGAUAAUGAGAAUAAAACAAAAGAUGAUAAAGCAACUGCAGAUGACAAAUCAAAACAAGCUAAAACCAAACAGGAAAAGGAAGAUAUAGACAAAAAUAGAAAAGAUAAAGAUGGAAAAGAUAAAGAUGGCAAAGAUAAAGACGGAAAAGACAACGAUGUUAAAGAUCAUAAAGAUAAAGCUGGCAAGGACAAAGAUGUUAAAGAUAAAAACAAAAAUAUGGAUGCCAUAGCUAAGGGACAGGAUGACGAAGAAAAUGUUCGUAAACAAUUGAAGGAAAAUGAGGAUCGUGGUAAUAAAAAUCUUGUCAAAAAUGAAAACGAAAUGGCGGAUAAAAAACAUCUAAAUAAAGAUGAAGACCUAGAUAAAAAUAAGAAAGAUUCUAAUAAAGAAACAACUUUAGGUCAAGAUAAAGAUAAGAAUGAUUCCAAUAAAGAAAACACUUUGAGUCAAGAUAAAGAUAAAAAAGAUUCUAACAAAGAAAAAACUUUGGGUCAAGAUAAAGUUAAGAAAGAUUCUAACAAAGAAACCAAUUUAGAUCAAGAUAAAUAUAAAAAAGAUGCCAAUAAAGAAAAAACGUUGAGCCAAGAUCAAGGCCGAGGUUUAGGCAAAGAUGCGGACAAUAUUGAUCCAAAUUUGGCUAGAGAUAAAACUGAGCAAGACAAAGUUCAAAGCAAAACUGAUGCCAAUGCUUAUCCCAAUUUAACUAAUGACAAUGUUGAUCCCAGUCAAGAUAAAUCAAAUCUUGACAAAACUGAUAAAAAUGUUUUAAAGGGUGGAGGAAAAGGAGGUAAUGAACUAACCAGCAUAAGCCCAGAUGGUCACAAAAAAUCACAGCCAACUGAACAGCCUGAUGAUGGUAAGAAUAAGCCCGGUCUAGUUCCAAAUAAAGAUGAAGACACUAAACAUGAUAGUGAUCAAGCAAAAGGCAGUAAUAAGGAAAAUGUUAGAGACAAAGAUCCUAACAAACCCUUAGACAAGCAUUUGAGUGGUGAUAAAACCAAGGAUAUUGAAAAACCUAAACAAGAUCUACACAAAGACCUUAAUGAAAACAAAAUGAAGGAUAAAUUAAAUCCAACAGACCAACUGAAUAAAGAUUUAAAACAAAAAGCAACAAAAGAUGAGUUUGGCCAUAAGAACCAACGUGGUGGAGAUCAUUCUCAGCUGUACGAUGAUGGCACCGAAGCAGACGACGAAAAUGAAGAUUUCUUUAAGAAAAAUCAACGCUAUUGUUCCAUGCCAAAUCCAAAUCGCUAUCCUGGUUAUUAUAAAUAUCCCGCCGAUAUGGCUGUGGUUGGCUCUGAAAGUGGCAGCUAUGCGAGUAUUUGCAAACUUUUCCAAGCCGGCUUUAAAAUGGCCGAUCGUCUGCUCACCAUGACACCCUGGGGCAAUUUUGUGAUUUUUCGUUGUUCAGGCAAAUCGGUUUUAGAGGAAAACCACUAUUUUCUAUUUGAUGGUUGUACGUGUAAUUUUGAUCGUUUUCGUCAUUUCGAUCUUAGUGUGGGCACUGCUGGCCUUAUAUGUUUUAAACACAUCCACAAUGUCAUCGAAUAUAUAAGACAUUUACGCAAAUCGCGUAGAAGGCAUGGGAAUGAACAGCCCCAAUAUACAGCUGAUGAUAUUUGUCGUCAAUAUUGCAGUAGAAUUGGUAAUUUACGAGUUUAGCAAUUGAAAAUGAAAAAACUUAUUUUUAAAAAUAUUUUUGGAUCGAAUCUAAAUUUAUGGAUUCUUGUUAAAACUAUAUUUUGUAAAUUUAUAUUUAAAAAAUUAUAAAAUCAUAAUUUUUAUAAAUAUACACACUA